AUGCGAGAAGUCAACUUCAGCAUUCCUAAUCUCAAUAAAGCAUCCGUUGGUAUUACGACCGCUCUUUAUGAUAGACGAGCGCUGGAUUGCACAUCAACUCUCCCUCUCAUAAAUUCUCUGAAUCACCUUGCCUAUCUUACUACUUCGUCGGCUCGCAUCAGGGAUAUUCUUACCGUCGAUGGAGGUAUCGAAAGGCUGGUAUGCAUACUGAAGGAUGGGCGGAACAAGGAUCUGAUGAGCAUGUGGAAAUGGAAUCUAGCAUUUCAGUGUGUCGUGAACAUAGGUGUGCGGGGUUCAGAAAACGUGCGAACUAGGGUAGUGGAGGCAGAUAUGGUCCCAGUCAUUGCAACAAUCUUGGACAAUUAUGUACAGGUUAUCGACAAACUACAGUCAAAGGCAGACGCAGCUAAUGCGAAGCGUACUGCUUCUGGUAGCCACUCAGUUCGGUCCCGCGACAACAAACCCCCUAAUUCUUUUUAUGAUCGACAUGAGAGGCCCUCAGGAGGAGACCGGGGGUUUAGGAGACAAGCACCGCCUGCGUCUAUUGAAAUACCUGCCUCACAGGCUUUAGAAAAUGUGCACGCCAACUCUCACCAAACACUUACUGUACCAAAUCCCGCAGAAAGGAUUGCUUAUAUUAGACAAUCUCACCCUAAUCGAACUCAUGAUAGUCGUCACCACUUCCACACAUAUCAUUCAGGAAUUCCUGCGCGCGAUCAGAGCGGACUACAGCCUUUGGCAGCUGCGCUCCCAGUAAUGGAUGUUAAUGUUGCAGGAUUUGGCCUGCGACCCAUUCGGGACACUGAAAGGCUACCAUCAAUGCUACAGGCCGGAAAUGUUUCUCAACCCGAAUCACCCACCACGCCUAAUCCUCCGCCUCCCACAUCAUCUAGCAGAACAAUUCGCCGAAGUAGCCGGCCAUCCAUUCGCCACCAGCGCUCGAUAUCGGGGGAAUCCGAUGAUCCGAAUGCAGACGAGAUUCCCAAUCCGUCAGGUGAAGUGGAGAAUGCAAACGAACCGAUUGUAGAUAUUCAGACGGGAGAGGACAUAGAAGGCAUAGAUGACCGCCAAACAAUCCUUGGUUCAGUGGAUGCUCCAAUGGGAUUGGCUGGCCCCCAUGGUACAGACACCCAAGAUACUGAAACAUUCAAUAUCACGCAUCGGUCGCCGAUAGAUGGCAGCAUCAUCAAUGCAGCAACCAAUACAAACCCCCCAACGGCUAAUCCACCUUUGGCCAUUCCAACAGCGUUUCAUUUUCCAUCUCGCUACCUUCAAGAUAGCUCAUCUUCGUAUUGCAACCUGCGAUCUUACUUCCAAAAAUCUCACCUAGUACCAAAACUCUCUAUCAGCGGCGAAAUUCACCUUCUGGACGAAGAACCAAGUAAUUUGGCUAGCCAAGAUCAAGAAUCCCUCGAAGAGCAAGAAGAGUAUCUCCUACCAGAUGAUUACAAUAUUUUUCCUCUCGUGGAGAAGUUCACUGUUCGACACCACCCUCCGGAUAUGCAGUACUGGGCAGGCGUAGUGAUGAGAAAUCUUUGCCGAAAGGACGACUCCCGAGGCGGAAUUCGACAAUGCGCAUAUUACGAAUGUGGGAAAUGGGAGGAGUACACUCGUCAAUUUGCAAAAUGCAGACGGUGCAGGCGUACGAAGUACUGUAGCAAGGAAUGCCAAAAAAGCGCAUGGGUUUACCAUAGACAUUGGUGCGUUCAAGCGCAGCAGUAG